CCCUUCCAAAGUCCUUAUAAAUUGGCAGUGCGCCACGAUUAUGAUUCAUAAUCAGCUCUUUCCUUUCCUCUUUGCCCCCUUCACUCAUCCUUUUUAAGUCAUAACAAACACAAAUAUUACUUGUGGUGUCUCUUUCUCUCUUCUCUUUGCUUUUUUGGCUUCUUUUACACUUGAUUUUGCUUCAAUUGGCUGCUUCUUAGUUACCCACUUUAAAAGUUUAGUACUACUUAGUGCUUUUUUUUUUUUGUGCAAUUGUGGGUUAGUUUUGUUGGUUUCUUUUCUAUUACUACCAAAAAUUACACAAAAAAAAUGGACAACAAGAAGCCACAAGUUGGUUCAUCUUCUUCUCUCACUUCUCAGCUUUUUGGGUCUCCAGAAUCAUCAUCAUCCAAUGAUGUUUUAGCUUCCAUUUUCCCACCUAAGGGUACAGGAAGAAAUUCAAAUGAGCCUUCUGGAAAUCAGCCAUGGAAUACUAAACAAGAUGACACAUACAAACAUGGUGAUGCAACGUAUGGUAGCUUGAGCUCCUCUCUAUACUAUGGUGGUCGAGAAUCGUACGCAAAAUCGCCUACUAAUCAGACCUCUACUUCAUAUCCUAAAUUCAAGAAAGAUGGUGGAGAAGAUGAUCCAAGUGGUGCUUCAAGGGGAAACUGGUGGCAAGGAUCACUUUAUUAUUAGGAUCUAUGCGCUGGCCGUCUAACACCGUGUGAAUAUUAUGGCUCAUGAGGAAAACUGCUUAAUUAUAAAGUUAUUAUCAUAUACUAUAGCAAGGUUCUGGUCUUUCAGCAUAUAUUAUAAAUGGAGAAUAAGCAAAUUUGCAAUCCAUGGAUAACAAAAAACUUUGCAAGGGGAUUGAUUUUACGGGUUCGAAGAACUUCUGAACCGCAAAGUUUUCUGCAUUAGUAUAUUUGUCUAGGAUUUAAUCUAUGGUCUUAAUGGAAAAAUUACGAUGUUGGGAAAUGAUGCUUGUUUUAAUGUAUCUAUUGAGAUUUACAACAUAGUUAUGAACCUCUUUUUCUUAAGGAAAAGGGCACUUGUAUAUUUAGUGAGUGGUAACAUGUUUUAUAUAUAUGUAAUUUGUACUA